AUGUUUUUGCCGAUAUUAUUCACUGUUUACGAGAUAGAAGUACUUGUUGAUGAACUUAGUGACGUCGCUGAAGUUGAUUUUUCUGUUGCUGUUGUUGUCGAAUUUCCUGCCGUAAUGCUCGCUGACGAAUUUGGCAACAUCGUUGCUGUCGAACUUCCUCUUGUAGUAAUUACUGGCGAAUUUACGGACGUUGUUGUUGCGUAA